GCCAGAUGUCAUCAGCUACAACGCAGCUAUCAGCGCCUGCGAGAAGGGCGGGCAAUUGCAGCAAGCAUUGAGGUGUUUUCACGCGAUGUUCAAAGCAACAGUGCAGCCAGACGUCAUCAGCUACAAUGCUGCUAUUAGUGCCUGUGAGAAGGGCGGGCAAUGGCAGCAGGCCUUGGAGUUUCUUGAGGCCUUGCCCAAGGCGAACAUGCAGCCAAAUGUAAUCAGCUACAGUGCAGGCAUCAGUGCCUGCGAGAAGGGCGGGCAAUGGCAGCAGGCAUUGAAGUUGUUUGAGAGCAUGGCAAGGGCAGACGUUUAUCCAAACGUCAUUAGCUAUUGUGCGGCCAUCAGUGCUUGUGAGAAGGGCGGGCAAUGGCAGCAGGCAUUGUUGUUGUUUUCUUUCAUGAUCAAUGCAAGAGUUCAGCCCAACGUUGUCAGCUACAGCGCAAGCAUCAGUGCUUGCGAAAAGAGCGGGCAAUGGCUGCAAGCAUUGAUGUUGUUUGAGGCUAUGCCGAAGGCUACAGUUGAGCCUAAUGUCAUCAGCUACAAUACUUCCAUCAGUGCCUGUGAGAAGGGCCGCCAAUGGCAGCAAGCAUUAAAGUUGUUUGAGGACAUGCCCGCAGCGAGAGUUCUGCCUGACGUCAUCAGCUAUUGUGCGACCAUGAGUGCCUGCCAGAAGGAAGAACAAUGGCAGCCAGUCUUGACGUUGCUUGAGGCUAUGCCCAAGGCAAACAUCCAGCCCACUGUCAUCAGUUUCAGCGCUGGCAUCAGUGCCUGCGAGAAGGGCAGUCGAUGGCAGCAAGCGUUGUUGUUGUUCGCGGCUAUGCCCUUGGCAAAAGCACAGCCCAACGUCAUCAGCUACAAUGCUGCCGUCAGUGCCUGUGAGAAGGGCGGGCAAUGGCGGCGAGCAUCGAUCUUGUUGGAGUCCAUGCCCAAGGCAAAAGUUCUGCCCGAUGUUAUUACCUAUUGCACGGCCAUGAGUGCCUGCGAGAAGGGCGGGCAAUGGCAGCAAGCUUUGUGGUUGUUUGAUGCUAUGCCCAAGGCGAAGGUUCUGCCCGACAUGGUCACCUUUGGCGCGGCCAUCGGUGCCUGUGAGAAGGGCGGGCACCAACGACGAGCACUGAUUCUGUUUGAAGGAAUUGCUGAGCAAGUUGUCCUGUUACACUGCUUUCUUAGAUAGUCUUGACAUCCUGCAACAGGGGAAUGCGUAGGGCAUACGUUCCACCUUCCUAUCGACCAAACCAGGUCUUCACAGAGGAGACGGUCGAGAUCAUUGUUCUGCUUGUUGUGGAGAUUUGAAGACACAAUCACCAAAAACAAGCGGAAGAAUGAUCCGAAUCUUCAGUGAACUUGUUUUGGAGCCUGUCGAGAUCAUUGUUCCUCGAACUUGUUUUCGUUGUUUUGGUCCGAGCGAAUUGAAAUCCGAAUUGCUUGGGCCAACUGAGCCCGCGGAGGUCCGAAGUUCGGGCCACCCGCACCUGAACCUGCGUGGUUGGCGGACCGCGGUUUUGGUGCUUUUUGGGCCCAGUGGGGUGCACAGAGAAUCAGGA